UCCACACUGCACACUUUACAGAACCCGCUCUUCGAAUGGGUGAGAGAUCACCGGGUGCACCAUAAGUUUAGCGACACGGACGCGGACCCACACAACGCCAGUCGAGGGUUGUUCUUCUCUCAUGUGGGUUGGCUCAUGCAGAAGAAGCACCCCCAAGUCCUGAGGCGGGGACGGGAGGUUGACAUGAGCGAUGUACUGGCUGACCCUGUGAUUCGGUUCCAACAAAAGUUCUUCUUUCCACUGAUUCUGACCUUCACCUUCCUGAUUCCUAUUGCUGUGCCGUGUCUCCUCUGGGAUGAGACGUGGUGGAAUUCCACGUUCUGUACCAUCUUUCGCUGGGUGUUGACGCUUAAUGGUAUAUGGUCAGUGAACAGCUUCGCACAUCUCUAUGGAUACCAUCCAUAUGACAGGAAAAUAUUGCCCGCAGAGAACCGCGUGGUGUCGGCGAUAGCUCUGGGUGAGGGCUGGCACAACUACCACCACACGUUUCCUUGGGACUACAAGACAGCCGAGUUGGGUGACUAUGGUUUGAACAUCACAACAGCAUUUAUCGACUUCUUCGCUCUUAUUGGUUGGGCUUACGAUUUAAAGCAGCCUUCUCCAAGGAUGAUCCAGAAAGUUGUGCAGCGAAGAGGAGACGGUACCCAUGCAGAAUGGGGUCAUGUGAAGGAAGUGACUGAAGAAGAAGCGCAUCUGCUAGACGACGAAACUGAAGAGACGCCGCUCUGUACAGAAGAAAAUGAAAAGGAACUGUAGCGCUUCCUUCUAACGACUGAGUAUAUUUAAACAAGACUUUAUACAGAAUCUUACCUAUACAAAAUAUUGGUUAGUAACGGACAAGUAUAUCUAAAAAAAAAAUAGGUCACUCUUUUAUGUAUUUUAGAAUUCUCAUCGACGCAACCAAGUCCAAAACACAAAAUU